GGUGGAAUAUUAAACGACUAAACAUGCGUAUCAAGUGUUUUUAAUGGAAACGCUAAUGUAGUCGCGACAUAUUGAACACAAUAGUUCCUCAAAUUGUGAAUUAAAAAUAUAUUUGAACAGAAGCUGUUUUGGUUAGAAUCCAGCUUUUGGAAAGGUUUUGACUCAUUUUCAAGUGGCACAUUUCAGAGUUCUCUUUGAAAAUUAGGGAGCUCUGUAAUAACAUGAAGCUGCUGUAACUAGGAGGGGGCCUGAAAUUCCCAGUUCUCCCAGUGCACCCAGUGUAAGGCUCGGUCAGCAGUGCGCGCCACCGCGACAGAGGGCUCCACCGCUGUUCACCGUGAACGCGCCUCUCCAUGCGGGUUCAAUAAAGGGAGCAAAAGCGGUGAAAAGAAAAUGAGAUGCUGCUGAAGAGAAAUGACGGCGGGGCUGGACGGGAAAGCUGAGACUGGUUUGAUUCCCCUAUCCGAACCCAAUCUCUGGGUCCACUUGGUCCGGUUCUCCGCACAUCGCCUCCAGGUCUUUGUCAGCCGGUUCGCACACGGACAGCAGAGUGCUUUUGUGAUUUUUCCUUUUUCUAAAUGAAGACGCUCAUCAGAUGAAGGUUGUUUUAGCUUUAACCCAGCAGAGAAGCGGCAGUAUUAACAUUUGAGGGAUCUUGUGAAGUUUGUGGUGCUGGGAUUUAUGCUUUGCAUGGACUGAGCCACCUUUUGUUCGGAGAAAAGAGGCGUUUGAUGCAGCGGUUCGGUCACACUGAGGCAGUAUAACUGAGCAGGUCCUUGAUUACAGCACAUCUCCCAUUAAUUAUCAUUUUGCUUUACAUAGCCGAGUGAAAAGGGGCGUGUGAACAUUCCCCCAGCCUAGAUAUUUAAAUUAUUACAUAUUAUUUAUUUAUUUAUUUAUUUAUCUGUUCAUUGACUCUGCGCCCUGCGCCUGGUGUCCACCUUCUUCUGUCAGUCCCGGACUGCGCUCGACUGUCCCGGUUCUGCCCUUUGUGUUCCGGGGUUGACAGGAUCACCAUGCCGGAGUGCGUGUCGGUGUCGGAGUUCGUGCAUGAGGUUCAGGAGGACUGGAGCUCUCCCACCACCUCCUCCUUCACCUCCAAGAUGAUCAACUGCAGGAACACCAUCUACCUGCUGGAGGAGGCUCUGGACAGCGACCGGUUGGUGUUGCAGAAGAUGAAGAAAGCUGCAAAGGCCAAGUAUGCUUCAGGGCAAGAUCAUGUAUCUCACCUGGAGCAGUACAUCAACUCGAUGGAGAAGCUCGCAGUAAACUGCCACUCAAAUGGAGAGACAGAGGUUGGCUCGGCCUUCUGCCGCCUGGCGGACUUUUCCAAAGAACUUCUGUCUCCAAUGAAAAAUCUGCUGAAGAGCAUGCUCCACAACAUCAACUUCUUCCUGGACUCAUUGGUUAAAGGAGACCUGCGGGAGGUGAAGGGGGAUCUGAAGAAACCAUUUGAGAGAGCAUGGCGGGAUUAUGAAAGCAGAUUCAAGCAGGUGGAGAAGGAGAAAAGGGAGUUAGCGCGACAGUACGGGAUGGUUCGGAGCGAGGUGAGCGGAGGAGAAAUCGCUGAGGAGCUUGAGAAGGAGAGGCGCUCCUUCCAGCUGAGCAUGUGUGAGUAUCUCAUUAAGGUGAACGAGAUAAAAACAAAGAGAGGAGUCGACCUGCUGCAGAACCUCAUUAAGCACUACCACAGUCAAAACAAUUUCUUGCAGGAGUGUGUAUCCACCACUCAGAGGCUGAAGCAGUACAUCGAGGAGCUGAACAUUGUGCUGAACAUGGUGAAGCAGCGUCAGGAGGAGGAGAAGAAGCAGCUGUGCAACAUCAGGGAUCAGCUGAGGCCAGUCGUCCACACAGAGCAGGACUCUUUACCUAAGCAGGUGUACAGCAUGCAUCAACUUCUGGGAGAUAAACAAUACGGAACAGAGAGAACAGGAUUCCUCUACAAGAAGAGCGACGGGUUGAGAAAAAUGUGGCAGAAGAGGAAAUGUUCAGUUCACAACUGUUACCUGACUAUUGCACAUGCUACACCAAAUAAACCUCCGACCCGACUAAACCUGCUUACCUGUCAGGUGAAACCCAGCGUGGAGGACAAGAAAUGCUUCGACCUUAUCUCCCAUAAUCGGACCUAUCAUUUCCUGGCUGAGGAUGAAGCUGAGUGUGUUGCAUGGAUCUCGGUACUCAGUAACAGUAAGCAGGAGGCUCUCAGCAUGGCCCUGGACGGGGGCAGGCAGGGGGGCGGAGGGGGUGAAAACAGUGUGGAGGAUCUGACCCGGGCCAUCACUGAUGACAUCCGCAGAAUGCCGGGAAACAACUACUGCUGUGACUGUGGCGCUCCGGAACCUGGAUGGGUCUCAACAAAUCUAGGCAUCCUGACCUGUAUCGAAUGUUCAGGGAUCCACAGGGAGAUGGGCGUCCAUGUGUCCAGGAUCAAGUCUCUGAGCUUGGACAGCCUGGGAACCUCAGACCUACUACUGGCCCGAAAUGUUGGAAACUCUGGCUUUAAUGACAUAUUGGAGGCAAAUCUGAUUAGUCCGUCACAGAAGCCCUCCCAGCACAGCCAUAUGGGGGAGCGCAAGGAUUUCAUAUUGUCAAAGUAUCAGGACGUUCAUUUUGUGAGGAGGUUCGGCAGUUCUUCUGCAGCGCUGCGACUGGGCCUGCAGGAGGCAACCAAGAGCUGUGACAUCUACAGCCUGAUCCAGCUGUAUGCUCAGAGGGCGGAGCUAAGCCAGCCAUUGCACACCCACAUACAGGAGAAAGGGGAGACGGCUCUGCAUUUAGCCGUUCUGUUUGCUGACAGGACAUCGCUGCACAUCCUGGACUUUCUGGCCCAGAACUGUUCCAAUGUGGAUGUACAAACAUCAGCAGGAAACACUGCGCUGCACUACAGCUGCCUGCAUAACAAGAGUGACUGUGUGAAGCUGCUGCUGAGAGCCCGAGCAAACAUACACAUCAAGAAUGAGUUGGGAGAAACUGCUCUGGAUGUGAGCCGCCGACUGAAGCACAGUGAAUGUGAGGCGCUGCUGCAGCAGGCCCAGUCCAACCAGUUUAACCAUCACGUCCAUGUGGAGUAUGAGUGGAGGCUUCGUCAUGAUGAUCUGUACGACAGUGAUGACGACUUUGAUGACAGGAAUGGUCCAGUAAAGAAGGAGCGCUCCUCAUCUUCAUCAUCCUCAGUCUUCACCCCGUCGUUCUCCUUCUCCUCCCGUCCUUUCAGCUUCAGUCAGUCCUCCACCUCCACCACCUCCUCCUGCUCCGUUGCCGCCCCGUCCUCCGGAGGACCAGGAGCCGGCCUCCUCAGCGUGGGGAGGAGGCUGGCCAUGGCCAUGGAUCUGCACAGCCGACCAACCGGCUCGGCCCCCAGCCCUCCACCUCCGCCUCCGUCCUCCCCCGCUCCUCCACUGCCGCCCCGGGUCAAAGCCCCUUGUGUUCCCCCUCCUCCGCCUCCAGGCGGGGGUGAUGGAGUGAGGGAUGAAGAGGAGGAAGAGGCGGAGGUUUUCUUCCCCACGUCAGGAAACAGAAAGACAACACCUCCCCCUCCCAUCGCUGCCCGGCACAAGAGGACCUGCUCUGAGUCUAAUAAGCAGGAUCAUGGGUUGCCAUCCAGUCCCAGGAUUUACAGUGGUCCAGACUCCUCCUUCAAGAAGUGUGUUCCAUCUUCUCCUCUCAGCUCGCUGACGGAACGACCAGACAGAGGUUUUCGACGGACAGAAAGUGAAGGUAGCGCCUCGCAUUUCCUGUACCCGGCCAGUAAAGCGCCUCCGAAUGGAUCUCCAAUCAGCCAGCGCUCUCAGAGCUUUGAGAGCGACGGCAGAGGCCCCACCCCUCUGCCGCUUCCUCGCAGAUCACUGCCUCGUGGAUCAGCCAGUCGGCGGGCUCAGGCUCUGUAUGACUGCCAAGCAGACCACCAUGAUGAACUGAGUUUCUCCGAGGGUCAGGUGUUGGUGGUUCUUGGGCAGGAGGACAGCGAAUGGUGGCAUGGCUAUAUAGAAGAUGAACCAGACCAAAGAGGUUUGUUUCCAGCCUCUUUCGUCCAGCUGCUCUCCGAUUGAUGUAAACCCGAUCCAGAUCCUCAGGCCAGCACAGAUCCGGAUCACAUCACUACUUAUGGAAACUGAACUGGGCUCUCAUAGGAAGCAGGCCAGAUGGUAAAACCUAACAUUUACUGGAUCAGGUCAGACUUUUGGAUCUGAUGUCUGGCAUCCUGCAAGUUCUUGAGAUCUUGGUCCAGCUAACCAUAACAACCUCAGGUCUGGAUUUACUAUGAGCACAUAAUGGACGGCUCUGGACAGAAAACUUUAUUUAUGUGACUGAAGUCAGGGAGUGUUGCCAAGCUGAGCAAUCAGCUAUGACUCAUGACUUAUAGGACAUUUAUUUAUUAUUCUAACAAGCACACAUUUGGCAGAAAGUUAGACCAAGUGACAGCCACCCAGCAGGAUUUUGUUCUGAGACUUGGAUGAACUGCUUUCUUCAUUUUUAAGAGACAUUUAAAUUAAUUACUUUUGUUGGAUUUUUGUUGCCUGUAGGACACCAGCAAAAGCUGCCACAAUUUAAACUCCUCUUCCCAAGGACUCCUGGAUACUGAAGACCAAAGUUCUAAAUUCAGUUGAAACCAGUCAUCAACACAGAAAUAGAAACUCAGCUUCCUUUAUUUACAGGUUUGGUAAAAGACUCAAGAGAAGAAGAAGGUUGAAUGAGAAGCACUCUAUGCUGCCACUUAACUCAGUGUUUAGUUGAAACAAAAAUGUUAUUAUUUUUCCUUAAAGAACAAGUAAACUAUUUUUCUCCAUAGACACGUGAUGAGUUGCGGAACUAAGAUGUUGAAAGAAGCACCACUGGAUGAUGAGAGGAUUGAUUUUUCAAUUAAAGUUAUUUUUAAUAAAAAAAUAGCUUACAAAGACCAAGCAAUGGUUAAAAUGUACUGUAAAGGUUACUGUGUUUUUAUUUGAUAUAUAUAUAAAAAAAGAAAAAUUGUUGGUGUUUAACAGCACACACAAGUGAAUGUGUCAAUGUUUUAUUUAUUUUUAAUGACUCUUCCUGUAGCUUGUUUAGACAUGUUUAUAAUAUAAAAAAAAUUGACAUCUUUUCUCCAUUCUCUUAGAAAUAUUUACUUUAAGCAAAAAUUACCUAUAAGAAGCUAUUGCGAGUUCAGUGUCAAGUAAAAAUUCAACCAUAGAAUGACUCAAGUGUAAAAAAGAACUGCUUACCCAAAUACAUUUUCUGUGUAGUUUGGGCUGCAUAGAUUAAUUCCAGAACAUGCUUAUCAACAUGGUCUGCUCAUACAAAAUUUAACAUCUAAAACAUUUAAAUAUGCUUUAAAAAAAGGGAGCUUUACAGUGUAACAUUCAAACUAAUUUCACAAGGAUCCUUGUCAAGAUGUUAAUGAACUAUUUAUUCAUCGCCCUCCAUACUCACAGGCGCUCCUGCUGUUAAAAUUUUGUACAACCCCUUGUACAAAUAGGACAGCACCAACUCUCCUGUAACAGUUACAAUGUUGGACCAUACAGGCAGAAGGACCUUUGACCCUUUUCAGUUGGAUUUAAUAUCCUGUUCCAGUCUUCUGGCAGUCCUCAUUUUUGUUUAUCAUGUUAAAGUUUAAGAGUUAAUGAUCCCGUAUACUAUAACUGUAGCAUCCUGUUUCUUGUCAGCUCACAGAACCACAGCUGCUCCUCCAAUUUGCUCAUUUUAUUCUUUUAUUGGGCCAAUCAUCCUAGAGGUCCCAUUGACAUUCAACUCAUAGCAUUUACUUUUCCCCAUAAAAGUGCGUGUUGUUGUGCAAGGGCUUAAUACCUGGAUUUACCCAAUCCAUCUAUGAGGUGCUUUUCCACAUAUUAUCUGCCCUAACAGAUAAAUCUUAGUCCAGCUGAAGUACAUGAUUUCAGUAAAAACGUAACAUUUAGAGUAGAUGUUUGCAUGUGUUAUGGUCAGACAGAAAAGCCUCUUUUCCUGCUAUGCUUCCAAAACAACCAGUCGGCAUACAGAUAGCAUCUAAUGCCAGGAUGAUACAAUUUAUUCCUGCUUUCCAACAGUAAACACUGGAAAUUGUUUUAUCUUCCUUUCUCAACUGAUGAUUUUGUAAAGACUGAUAUAUGGUAUUUUGCCCACUUAAUAAAUGUACACAAAAUGCUU